AAGAUGACGGGUAUCACACUGAAGGAAGCUGAGGAACUAGGAUCAACUUUUGCCAAAGUCUUCCUGAGGCUACAUUCAUUGCCGAAGCUGCUAGCCGUGCGCGAGAAGUACUCCUCAGCCAAAGUGUUAGCCGUGUCUCAGUUAUAUGAUAGUGAUAUCAAAACUCUUACCGAACUUUCAACAUAG